CUCGUUUCAUUGAUCUUUGCGAUUUUCUUGGGACAUCCCAGAGAUACCUGUACCGCUGUGAGCGCGUUUCUUUACCAGUCGCUGGGUCCAGCAUACGGCGCAUGGGAUCUGUAAAGGCCAAAAGGCCCAGGUUGGCUUGACAAGAAAAUCUACCGGAAAUCCGGCUGAUUUUCCGCCCGUCGGAUUUGAUCCAUAAUAAAAAGUCGGGUAAGUCAAUCCUACAACUGACAUCACAACUCGACUCAUGAACCCCCUGGCUUUGAUUCAAAACGUACUGGUGUGGAUCCUGGGUCUCCACGUCCUCUCUACACCAGUGAUGUACUCUACCAAUCCGGUGUCAAAGCGUUGGGUCGAUAUCUGGGAGACGGCUUACUGGGGACAUACACCCCACCUGAACUUUCCGGAGCACAAAGCCUUUCCCCGAAACCCUACGCCUCGCCUCUUUGUCAAUACAACGAUCAGACAGACGUUCAGAACAUCCUUCGCAUCUGAGCUCAUUCGGGUCCGGAUCUCUAACGAGUGGAGCUCCGAGGAGUUGAGCGUAUCUGGCGCAUCCGUGGCCCUACCUGCCAAAUAUCACGAUCACUUCCCAGGCAGUCCUGCAAUCAACCCAAACUCGUCGGUUCGCCUAACAUUCGCUGGCUCUGAAUCUGUAGACAUCCCGAAGGGGGCCUCUAUUCUCUCCGAUCCUGUCAACCUCGACCUGGAAGAGCUCGGAGACAUAUCGGUAUCCUUAUAUUUCGCGGAGGGAGCCGCCGGUGACUGGGCUCCUGGACAUGAAGGAGCAAAGUCCAUGUCUUGGAUGGAUUUUGGAAAUCUUCUCGACGUCCCCAGCUUUGACGUCUCAAGUGCAACGGAGUUUAGACGCUGGUACUAUGUCUCAUCGAUCGAAGCCUAUCUGCCCAACGAACAUCGAGCGGUCGUCUGCUUCGGCGACAGUAUCACAGACCAGGGACAGGGCGAAUUACCGAUCAAUGAAUAUCACGGGUGGACCGACAGACUCGCCCAGCGGCUGCUAUCCUCAUCGACAGAGUCACUAAGGACGAUCGGCAUGAUCAAUGCGGGGAUCUCUGGUGACACCGUUUAUGGAGGUGGCAUCCUUCGAUUCGAUCGCGACGUCAUAUCAAGACCAGGUGUGGAGUAUGUGGUCCUCCUCAUGGGUAUCAACGAUAUCCAGUAUCAUGCAAACACGACUGAAGCUCAAGAUCAAGCUUAUACUCGCAUCAGACUCGCACACUCUCAACUAAUUGACAGAGCUCACGAAGCCGGCAUCCCAAUUUUCGGCGCCACAAUCACUCCGUUCCUGACUCCGCCCAACUACACCCUUCCCCCACCUUUGCACGGCGCCAGACCGUCUGAUGACCCAGUUAGGGAGGCUACCAGGCAAAAAAUCAACCACUGGAUCAGAACAGAGGCAGACUAUGACUUUGUUUUUGACUUUGACGCCGCCACCAGAGAUCCUCAGCACCCGCAACGUCUGCAGACAGCUUUCGGAGGACUUGAUUAUCUCCAUCCUUCUGCUGCUGGACUAUUGGCCAUGGGCAACGCAGUCGACCUGGAUGCCUUCGAGAAGUUCAGACGGAUAAGGUGAAGCGAGGCGUAAUCUACGUUGCAUAUCUCUUCCUCCAUGGCGGGCUCCAGGGCUUCCCCACUUUAUGUGAUAUACCGCUUGCAUCUUGUUGAAUCGCGGCAAGAAUCGCACGGGGCUCUGGCUCUACAAUGCAAUGCCGGUUUUUACUGACUAAUGGGUGAUAUCUGAAGCACGAUGUGAAGCUCAGCAAGUGACGCUCGCUGCAUAUUCUUGAGAACUUCUGAGAAGCAAUGAGAACUUUGCAGAUCAGUAGCAAUGGCAACAC